GUUUUACAGAAAGCUCUCGGACCUCCUCCAAAAAGCUAGGCGCUCUGAUAUAGUAAUAAUGGCUGGUGACUUUAAUGCUCAAUUAGGUAGACUAAGUGAGCAGGAGAGACACCUAGGUGGAUGUUAUGGUGUCGCGGCUCAGAGAACAGACAAUGGUGACCGUCUGUUGCAAGCAUGCUCAGACAACCGCCUAUUCUUAGCAAACACUAACUUUAGGCAUAAGGAAAAGCAUCUGUUGACCUGGCGACCUCCAAAGUCGUCUCAACGUUGGACUCAACUAGAUCACGUCGCCAUCAGCCACCGAUGGAGGGGUUCGAUAGAGGACUGUCGCUCGUUCUGGAGCACAUGUCUAGAUUCAGAUCAUGCCCUAGUGCGAGCGCGUAUUUGUUUGAAGCUUACUGGGCGUAGGAAAGACACCGUAAGAAAGCCUCUUAGGGUUUUACUUAAUGAUAAUAAGGCGAAAAAUAUAUUUCAGGAACAACUAGAAAGACAGUUAGGCGACCAUUUAUGCGAUUCCCAUCCGGAAGCAGGAUGGAAUGAUAUCAAAAAGGCUGUGGAAACAGCAAUGGUAUCUGCUAGUAAAGUUGACCAUAAGGCUAGAAUGAAACCGUGGAUCUCAGCAGCGUCCACCGAUCUGAUGGAUGCCCGAAAACUCAUCCCACCUGGCUCUGAACAUGAUGAAGAACGAAGUCAACUUAGGCGCAGACUUAUAAAAAGCCUACGUAACGAUCGCGAACAGUGGUGGGUGGCGAAAGCAAAAGCGAUGGAAAAGACAGCGGCGAUCGGCAACACUAGACAACUUUUCCGACUUAUCAAGGAAACUGGUAUUAGGAAUCCUAGUGUAAGUGAGACUACCUCAGAAAAUGACGGGACUAUUAUUUAUUCUCAGUCCAGGAGACUGGAUCGAUGGGCAGAACACUUUAGGGAU